AAGCGUGUGGCUGAGCGUGUGGCUGCUCAGUUCUGGCGUCGGAAAAGAGGGGGAGGACCGGACAGCUCCAAGAGCGAAAGAUGUGCUCCAGGAAGGAAAGGCUAACUUAAACCACUGCACCCGCCGACCUUUCUUCUACCCGCCCUCUGUUUCCUGCUGUGUGGCCUCUUCCUCUUUCUGUACCCCCUCCCCUUUCUUCUAUCUGUCUACAGCACUGGUUAAAUCCUAUCACUUAAUCUCUGUGUUUGCCACUGCAUUUCCUUCACCCUCUCUUCUGAGCCUUACCUGCUCUUAUCUAGGCGCUUCUUUUUCAUCAGGAUAUUAACAUGCACCUAUAUAAUCCCAAUUUAUAGCAGGCAUUGAGAGAGAGGGGAAAAAAAGUUUUACCAGCCUGAUGCUAAUUCUCGCUUGUGAGAUGUCACAUUCUGUUUGUUUGCAUUUCUUCUUUUAUAUCUGUCCUGUGCUGGUUUAUUUUUUCUGAAUUUAUAAUUACAAAUGGAUGUCUCUGAAACAGACUGUCAGGAAGCUGGUAAAGUGCCUCCCCUUGUACAAGACUAUGUCUGUGCAAGUAAUCCUGGACUUGCCAAGCAAGACCAUUCGCACAGUCCAUCUCCUCCUUUCUUCGGCAGCACUCAGUUGCAGUCUGUUGUUCCUUUGAAUAGGAAAGCAGGAGGAAACAGUAGGAUUCAGGUGUCUGUAAUUCUGCCAGUCUACAAUGCUGAGUCCUGGCUGGAUGAAUGUCUCAAGUCUGUUCUGGAUCAAGACUUCCAAGGUUCUAUUGAGCUCUCUGUUUUUAAUGAUGCUAGCAUGGACAAUUCUAUAAAUAUAAUUAAAAAAUGGAAGAUUUUGUUGGAAGAAGCGGGUAUUCGGGUAGUGCUGGGAGAACAUUAUUCAUCUCAGCCACAUGGAGUGGGCUUUGCUAAAAAUUGUGCAAUCGAUCAGAGCUCAGGGGAAUACCUCUGCUUUCUGGACUCGGAUGAUGUGAUGAUGCCGCAGAGAAUAAGGCUGCAAUGGGAAGCUACUAUUAAGUAUCCAAGGAGUAUUAUAGGUUGCCAAAUUAAGAGAGAACCAGCAGAAGCAACUGAGCGCUAUACUAGGUGGAUCAAUAAUUUAACACAUGAUCAGCUUCUUACUCAGGUUUUCACAUCCCAUGGACCAACAGUAAUUAUGCCAACUUGGUUCUGUUCUCGGGAAUGGUUUUGUAUUGUAGGAAGAUUUAAUGAAGGAGGAAAGGGAACCCCAGAAGAUCUGCUCUUCUUUUAUGAACAUCUUCGAAAAGGUGGUGGAGUGUUUCGAGUUGACAAGUGCCUCCUCCUCUAUCGUUACCAUGCACAGGCAGCUACUAAUUCAGUUUUAGAGAGAACCAUUUGGACUCACCGUGUCUUGUUUCUAGAGGAAAGAAUUCUCAGUCACUGGACAUCCUUCACCAUUUGGAAUGCUGGCAAACAGGGCAGAAAACUUUUUAGAAGUUUAUCUCCAGCUAAUCAGAACAAAGUGACUGCAUUUUGUGAUGUGGAUAAAAAUAAAAUCACUAAAGGAUUUUACACAUAUGAAGAAGCUAAGGAAACUUCCAAACCCAGAAUUCCAAUUCUACAUUUCAAAGAAGCUUCCCCACCUUUAAUUAUCUGUGUGAAAUUGGAUCUCACAGAUGGACAGUUUGAAGAAAAUUUGAGCCUAUUGAACUUGAAGGAAGGUGUGGAUUACUAUCAUUUUAAUUGAUGAGUGUAGUAUAUUGGCAAGCCUUUUAUCAUGCAACAUGCUAGAGGAGAUACAGUGCUAUUCUAAAAGCUAAGACUCAUGACCCUAAACAGCUUGUUUUCUCCGUAACUCCUCUCAAAAGAAAUAUUAAUAAAACAAAUAUCAUAGCAAACAUACAAAUGUUAAAAUGUUAUCUCCAGUCGUAAAAGUCAGCUAAAGGUAGCACAACGGUAAAGUUAAUUGAACUGAAGGUUAGAUAGUUAAGAGUAAUCUCCAUAGCAGGGGAAUGGCAGAUAGCACUCCACCAACAUGAAAGUAGCCAACUCACCUAAGAAAAGGCCUUCUGAAAUCAAAUCCAGAAGGUGGCAAUGGCAAACCACUUCAGUAUUAUUCCCAAGGAAACUAUAUUGAUGUGGCUGUAACAUUUUGACAAGUUGGAAUUCCAUGUGAUGAGACUUGGCACACCUUUGGUUACUGGGAACAGCAUCAAGCUUGCACCAAUGCAUUAAGAGGUGAUAGUGGUGGAAGAGCUACAUAUGAUCACAAGAGGCAAAUCAACAUGGAGACAAAUUCCGUUGAUAGCAC